AUGAACUCUGAAGAACAGGUUUUGAUAGGAGUAGUGGAUUACGAAAACUAUGAUAGUUUGAAUGAAGGAUCCGCUAACGACGUUCUCAACUCCGUGGAGGAGUUUAAAUUUAUCACCAAAGCAUCUUUACCAUUAAUUAUUACAUUCUUUUUACAAUAUUUAUUAUCAGUCAUAUCAAUUUAUGCAGCAGGUAGAUUAGGAGCCAAGGAACUUGCUGCAGCAUCUUUAGCAGUUUGUACCUUUAAUAUUACUGGUCUUGCUGUUUAUCAAGGAAUGUCUACCAGUUUGGACUCAUUCUGUUCCCAAGCAUAUGGAUCAGGGAAAUUACAUCAAGUUGGAAUCUAUUUUCAAAGAUGCUCUUUAAUGAUAUUAGUCAUCACUGUUUUUCCAUUAUCAUUUAUCUGGUGGUUUUCAGGUUCGAUAUUGAAAUUCUUAAUCGAUGAUAUUGAACUAGUGAUGAUGAUUCAACACUUUUUAAGAAUCAAUAUCUUUGGUACCCCCGGAUUAGUAUUAUUUGAAACCGGAAAAAGAUUCUUACAAGCUCAACAUAUUUUUAACGCAGGAACUUAUGUUUUAUUAAUAGCAGUUCCAGCCAACUUUUUCUUGAAUUGGAUUUUAGUAUGGCAUCCAGUUUAUGGGUUGGGUUAUACCGGUAUUCCAAUUGCUCUCGGAACUAUGUAUUGGGUCAUUUCCAUUUUAAUGUUAAGUUAUGUCUUAUUUAUCGAUGGUAAGAAAUGUUGGGGAGGUUUCAAUCUCGAAAAAUCACGUCAAAAUUGGAUUCCUAUGUUAAGAUUGGCCAUUCCAGGGGUUAUAAUGGUUGAAGCAGAGUAUUUGGCAUUCGAAGUGUUGACUAUUUUAGCUGCUUCUUUUGGAACUGCCGCCAUUGCAGCUCAAUCAAUCGCAUCUAAUAUAGGUUCCUUAUCAUUUCAAUUACCAUUUGCUGUUGCAGUAGUUUUGAGUACUAGAAUUGGAAAUUUCGUAGGAAUGCAAAAUGCCCCAGCAGCAAGAUUAGUUACUCAAUUAACUAUCUUUUUUGCAUUUGCUAUAGCAAUGACUAACUUUUCCCAUGUAUUCUUUGGUAGAGGAUAUUUAUCAAGAUUAUUCACCAAAGAAAUAGAUGUAUUGGAUAUCACUGAUAAAAUUGUUCCAUUAGUAGCACUUAAUCAAAUAUGUGAUGCAUUCAAUGUGAUUGGAGCUGGAGUUCUUAGAGGUCAAGGAAGACAACGAAUCGGUUCAAUUUUAAAUUUAAUAUCAUAUUACCUUAUUGCCCUUCCAUUGUGCUUUACAUUAGCCUUCGCAUUAAAAUUUGGAUUAGCAGGUUUAUGGUAUGGUUUAAUUGCUGGAGUUGCAUUCUUGGCCAUAGCUGAAUUCUACGUAAUAUAUAAAAGUAACUGGCCAAGAAUCAUAGAAGAAUCAAAAGAAAGACAUGAUCAUUGA